AUGAACUUAGAAACGUCGUUGGUGACUGCCGAAAAAGGGUCCACUAAAGUCUACAACUGGGACUUUGCUGAGGGCAAGUGGGUCAACUUCUCGCCCACGCACAAGUACAGCUUCAUCAAGAUCGUCCAGAAGAAAACACUGUCUGGCAACGAGUUUUUUGUGGUGAUAGAACCAGAUGAAACCGAUAAUAGACUAAGGUUCCAUCUGCCCCCUGAUGUACAAGUCACAAAAACUGGUGACAUGAUACAGUUCGCAGUACCUGAUCCACAAGAUCCUACCGGUGGAAAACUCAUUGCCAUCAAAUUUGAAAGGAAAGAUUUAGAGACACAAUUUACAAUGACGGCCGGUCGAAGGAUAAGUCAAAGAUCAAAUGAUUUGAAUAAACCUCUAGAGGUUAAGAAGCAGAGACCUGUUUAUGAAAAUACCUUUAGCACUGAUAGAUAUGAUGGCGCCAGCUAUCAGUCUCCCACUCUUCCUUCAACUGGGACUGAAGGAGCUGGAAGGAUUCAACCACGUCAGCAGCCAUUCACUGCAGCUAUUCCUGCUAAACCAGCUGUUGAAACAAGGAGUAAUAGAUCAGGAGAAAUUGGACAAUACCACCAACAACCAAUUCCUCCAGUUAAUAAUCUUAGCAAACCAGAUCCUUCUCCUCCUGUUGCUAGACCCAAUUACGGCCAGGUACCUCCUCCGGCCCAAUAUGGAGGAGGCUCACAGGACUGGAGGCCUGUGGAUAGACACCACAACGAGGAAGGAAGAGGAGGAGGAGGAGGAAGUAGAGAGAGAUACAGCGCAGAAAUGAGAGGGAAAGAGAGCGGAGAGAAAAGAAUCAGUGGAGAGAGAAGGAGCAGAGAGUUUGGACAGCAGAAUGAUAGAAUGGGCCAGCAUUAUAAUGACAGAGGUGGUUACGACAACCAAGAUCGUUUCCAAGGUGACAGAGAUCGGUACCAAGGUGACCGAGAUCGUUACCAAGACAAACAGCAGGGAGGCUAUGGCAGGGGUGGGGCUAAUUAUCGAAAUGAAAGUUACCGUGACGACAGGGACCCCAAUCAAGAUCGCUACCAUGACGGUAAAGGAUACGGUCGUGAUAACUGGGAGAGACAGAGCGAGAAUCCUCAGGGAUAUGAGCAAGAGAGACGCCAGUAUGAUAAACAACGAUACCCUCGUGACCCUGAUUACCGUCACAACUCCAGGGGCUAUGAGAGGAAUGGAGGAAGGAAUGAAGAUGGAUAUGAUAGAGGAGGAGACUGGAGGCCAGCAGGAGGAGGAGGAGUUAGGAGGGAUAAUAGUAAUGAUGAGUAUUUUGAUGAUGGAUAUGAGGAGAGGAGGAGAAUGGAUCAACGAGGAGGAGGAGGUGGUGGUGGUAGGGAAUAUGUGGAUGAGGGUAGAUAUGAGAGGAGGAACCAGCGGGACCGGGAGGGAAGAGGAGGAGGAGGAGGGCAGUAUAGGGAGGAGGAGAGGCGUAAGAAGCAGCAAAUUGAACCGCUUGUUAAAUCGACUCCCCCUGAGAGCUCGAUUGAUGAUACAGAAAUAAAAACAGCAACUCAAAGGUUAGCUGAAUCCCUUAGUACGAUGAAUCAAAGUGAUUCUCAUGAACUCCUUGGUUAUUUAUUUUCGUUGCUUCAGUCAGGAUCUUCUGAUGCGUCUUUACCUACAGAGUCUCUCGGAAAGUUUAGCAUCAUGUUUGAACCAGGAAUACCAGUCACACCUUCAGGAUUCAAAUUGGAGUUGAUUGUAGAGCCAUUACAUGGAAAGACCUUUACUGUAUAUCCUGAAGUAUUUGCUAGCGAUACAAUAGAGAAACUUAAAUUAGAUGUACAAAAAGGUUACAAAAUACCAAAGGAGUGUCAGUACUGGGUGAUUGGGUCACAGUUAGCUGAAGACAAGCAAACGGUUGCUGAUUUAAAUUUAACCAAAGACACAGCUGUGUACGUCUACGUGCAGCACCCCCACAAAGCUAAAGUCCACAAGAAUGCCAUGAAAGAGGUCGAGUCACAAUCCAAGAAACCAGCCCCGCCCGUUAAAGGGAACACACCUCCAAUUCAACCUCGUAAGAAUCUCCCUCCUCCUGGGGGCUACUCUUUGGAGCAGCCCCCUCAGAUCCCAGUAUAUGACCCGGCCCCUUGUCGUGACAUUGACCCUUCUCGUCGUGAUGAUGAUGCCAUGUUUAGGGGCCCCAUGUCCAUGCAGCCUAAGAAGCCUCCUCCUAUUGGUGCUGUUCCUGUCAUGAUGCCUGUCCCCCAACGCAAUGAUGAUGGACGCUACCGUGAAGUCAAACCAUUACCAGUUCCCAUUGAAGAGGACUAUCAAAGGAGGCCACGCCCUGAUCCUCGUCCUCCCUCUCCCCCUCCUGAACCCCCGGGCUGGGCAUGUCCCAGUUGUACUUUUAAGAACUUGCCAUAUCGUCCCGGCUGUGAGCUGUGUGAUUGUGCCCGUCCUGAUGACUAUCAGCCUCCGCCUAAUUAUGUUCCUACUGAUGCUGAAAAGAAAUUUAUGAACAAUAAUGAUCUACAAGAACUUAAUAAUUUUUUAGAGAACGAGAAGUUGAUGCAAAGACAGCAAGCAGAGAAGAACUAUAGGGACCUGUUGAACACUGAUGCUGUACCUGUUGUACUUAAUGAAGAAGAAUUUGAGUGUCCUGUUUGUUACGUUGACAUUGAUCCUGGAGAGGGUAUUAGACUGAGAGACUGUUUACACAUGGUCUGCAAGAAUUGUUUAAAAGGUACCAUUUCACAUUCAGAAGAGGCUCGAGUCAAAUGUCCUUAUACUGAUGAUGAUGGAGAAUGUGAGGAAUACAUUUCAGAGAGAGAAACACGCGAAGUAUUGAAUGACGAGGAGUUGGAAUCAUUCUUUAAGCGAGGCCUUCGAGUAGCUGAGGCCACAGACCCUAACAGCUUUCACUGUAAGACAGCAGAUUGUCCAGGAUUCUGUUUUUAUGAAGAUGAGGUGAAUGAGUUUAAGUGUCAGAAUUGUAAUAAGCUAAAUUGUAUUUUGUGCAAAGCUCAACACGAAGGAAUGAACUGCCAGGAGUAUCAAGAUGACCUGAAGAUAAAGGCAGCUAAUGAUGAAGCAGCAAAACAGACUCAAGCAAUGCUUGAAAAAAUGGUAACUGAUGGUGAAGCAAUGCAUUGCCCAAACUGCAAGGUCAUUGUUACUAAGAAGGUUGGCUGUGAUUGGAUCAGAUGUGUCAUGUGCAAGACAGAAAUGUGCUGGGCUACUAAAGGGCCAAGAUGGGGACCAAAAGGUCGUGGUGAUACCAGUGGUGGGUGUAGGUGUGGUGUUAAUGGAGCCAGGUGUCAUCCUAACUGUAGAAAUUGUCAUUAGAAGUAGGGGAGAGAGAGGAGUGGCUCUCUUGUACUUGACGAGAAUAUAGAGAAUGUGUGUAAUUGUAUUUAAAAUAUUAUUAUUGUUAUUUUGAAUUAUAUUUGUUUAUUUUGUUAUUGUCAAA